AUGGAGCUAGAAUCCGAGUCACUGACAUACACGCGUUCACUAUCCGCGAUUCCGGCAUCCACAAACACAUCAUCAACCGAACUACCUUCAGAAGUAUUGCUGGCGCCAUCACUAUUGGAAAAAACGUUUACAGUGUGCGGUAGCUCCACGCAGGGCCACCCCUUUUUAACAAAAUUGAGUACCUCAGAAAGUACUGAAUCUGAGGAUGGGCAUACAUUACUGUUGUGGUUCCUCCCGCAGCGGAAACAGCCCGGAGAGCGACCAGACGAUGUGAACGGCUGUAGCUGCGGCAACGCCAUGUUUGAGCUGUUGCCCCCACUCCUGCGCGUGCCUCCUUGGCUCCGCUGCGCUGCAGGAUUCCAUAUAGAAUACACCAGCAUAAGCCUAAGAAACUCUGCCAUGUCGACCAAUUUGGAAAUAAAGUCGGAAAUGUCGCUGAGCGGCAACCACACAGCUAUUGUUUGUAUAGUACGACUUGAUUACAAAUGCACGUUGCUCACCAGACCACUGCUCCAUGAUUACUAA